AGAUAGGGUCUGUUGGUGCAGGAUGGGGCAUCCUUGGACGAAUAUCAUGGAAUAUAUAUAUAGACGCCGUCCUGGCAUCCUUUGACUUCGCCAUUUUCUAGGUCACCAAUACUUCAAGUCAAAAUGGCAGGAUCCAAAAUUCUAGUUCUCGGAGCGACAGGCCCAAGUGGUAUCAACGUUCUCCGCGAAUUAGAGUAUCGGAAACUCCCAACCGUGGUUUACGCUCGAACAGUAUCUAAAAUACCCACGGAAAUUAGUCAAAGUCCAUACAUCGAGGUUAUCCAAGGUGGCUUCUCCACUGCUGACGAAGCCAAACUCUCCAGUGCGAUCUCUCAGUGCUCCGUCAUUAUAUCUCUCCUCGGGCCCAACGUCAGCUCCAUCAGAGGCCUUAAGCCAGACACGUACGCCAACAUCUACGCUCAGUUUGUUUUCCCACUCAUGCGCAAACAUGGCGUCAAGCGGAUAUUCGCUAUGAGUACCGUUUCGGUUUACCGGCCUGAAGACAAGCCGUCCAUUCUUCGCUGGUUGCUGGCUUUCGGAGUCUGGCUCGUGGCUGGAAUGGCCCAGAAGAACAUGUAUAGCAUGCAGCACCUAUUUGAGGACCAAGAACAGAGUAAAGACAUUGACUGGACAGCAUUUCGUCUGGGACUGAUUCCUGGGGGGCAUGAUGAGAAGAGCUGGCGCAAGGAUCGAGAGGGUGAGAUAUUUACUGGCUACGUUGGGGAACCGGGGUACUCCUUUGUGCAGAGACGAGGGCAGCUGGGCAAAUGGCUGGUGGAUGCAGCAGUGGAUGGUGCUCCGCAGUGGAUUCAUCGCUUCCCUGCCGUGAGUCGAUUGAUAGGAGGCAAGAAGCAUGAGUGAGUGCUAGCAUUUCUCUUGCUCUGAGCUUGAAGUUGGAUCCUCGGGGAUGAGAAGCAAGCCAACAGAGUGGUCGACAUUGACCAGAAUCUAUGCCGAACUGCCACAACAAUGCGUUUAAUUCAAUUCAAUUCCGUCUCUUUUCCGCAAUCGCAAUUCAACA